ACUAUGUUUGAUAACUUGUACGGUGUAGGCACACUUAGCAGACAACUUCUGCGUAAUUUUAGAAGCCCACUGUAAUUUUUGACAAACAAGGAAGCAUUUAAAUCAAAAUUCACUUUCAAAUAUCCUGCAGUAUCUUUCGCAACUUAUAAGUAACAGCUGCAGCGAUUGAAGAUAUCUUUUAGAACCCUCGAAGUUGAUAAUUAUUAGUAUCGGUAAAAAUACUUGUUGUUCCGAAGACUUAGUGACUACGUGGCUGCGGCAUUGUAACAUAAGUACACUUUUGCAUUCGCUGCAAAGGAAAUAGUGAUACAUAUGAAAUAAUAAAUAAGUGGCUAAAAUAUAAAACUGACGGCAGAUAAUCUAUUUCAAAUUAUUUUAAGAUAAUCACUUCGAAUAUCUGCUGAAAUGGGGCUGUGCAAGUGUCCUAAAAGAAAAGUCACGAAUCAAUUUUGCUUCGAACAUCGCGUAAAUGUUUGCGAAAAUUGCAUGGUCACAAAUCAUCCCAGGUGUGUCAUUCGAUCAUAUUUACAAUGGCUGCAAGAUUGUGAUUGCAAUCCCAUAUGCACAUUUUGCGAGGAGAGUUUGAGUAGCAGGGAAAGCUGUAGAUUAACAUGUUAUCAUGUUUAUCAUUGGGCCUGUCUUGAUGCACACUGUAGAUCAUUAUCAGAAUCUACAGAAAAUGCAAAUUUUCAAUGUCCAGAAUGUUACACAGAAAUCAUACCACAACCAAACUUAGUAUCACCAGUAGCUGAUGUCUUGAGAGAAAAAUUAACUCAUGUUAAUUGGGCUAGGACGGUACUAGGACUUCCAAUGUUAAGUAAUGAUGAAGAACAAAAACCAAAUAACAGUCACAAUCUUAUCGAUUUGGAAAAUUCACAAUCAAUGCAUCAUGCUGCAAAUUUUUCAUCAUCCCGAAAAAAUGGAAGUACCUUAUCAUCUAACUUAACAACAAACAAUAUGCAUUCAAACAACCGAAACUCAGGGCCACCUUACUCUGUUGUUGAUAUGGAAUCUGCUUUGGCUAAUUCAUCAUCUAGAAGAACUUACCUAGAACCUCACAACGACAAUAAAAAUUCAUCUUAUGAUAUGGAUGAAAAGAAAUAUCAAAAAAGAUCAAUUAUAUCCAUGUUCAAAAGUUGGUAUAGAGUACACAGAUUGAGAAAAUAUACAAAUGGAUCUUUGCGUAAAAGAUAUGCGAUUCUGUUAGCAGUAGCUAUAUUUUCAUUUAUUAUAUUAAUGAUGUUAUUUUCAUGGUUGGGUAAAUUGGUAACAGAUGGUGAUCCAUCUUAUGAUCCCAUGAAUAAUCCUAUGAUUAAUGUUGAAGAUAAUAAUUGAUUCAAGGCUGAAUACACAUGUUUUGAAAAAUUAUUGUUCAUAUAACUGUAUAAAGAUUGUUAGGAAUAUAUUUUGCAAGUCUAUGAUAAGUUUUAAAAAAACUUUUGCAAUAAUACAUCAUAUAAUAUUUAUUAUAAUUAUGAUAGUAGUAAUAAUAA